GGUCAAAAACCGACAGUCCUCUCGUGUUUAUCGGGUCAGGUGCCCAAGGAAGGCUUCCAAGGUUUGUCACUCCCCACUAUCAGUGCCUUUCAACGGAUAGAAAAGAGGGACAGAUCCAUGUGAUGAGCUUCUUUAUUCCGCAAAGGAUUUCAGCAAUCAACUUAUAAUACUGGGACAGAGUGGAAAGCAUGUCUUUUUUUACCAUCCAUGUCAUUUUCUGCAGGGGAGAACUGAAGAAGCCAACACAAUUAGUGUCCCUUGAGGAGCUUCUCAAGGGAGCUCCGAUUGACUGAACCCUUUUGGGACCAUAACCAUCAUCAGAGUGCUUUUUAUUCAGUCACUCACUUCCAACUGGUUUUCUCUUUCAGUCUCUAAAAUGUCAAGCAAUAUGAGGUGGCGAAGACAGUUUUCCGGAACUUGUCACUAUCAGUGCCUUUGACAGAAUGGAAAAGAGGGGCAAAUCCCUGGGAUGAGAUUUUGUGCCAAGGGAUUUCAACAUUCAACAUGAAACAUUGGGCCAGACUGGAAAGGAUAGCUUUUUUGACCAGCCAUGUCAUUUCUCUGGCAUAUGUCCUGCUUUGCUGUUUCCUCCCAAUAAUUUGUGAUUGGAGUUUUAGGAAAGAACUUUUAGGUAGUUUCUUAUCAUUGUCCAGUUAAAAUUGGUAAUUUGACUACAUGAAGAUGAUGUGCCUUUUGGUUUCCGAAUUCCUUUAGCAAAUGCCUGUAAAGAGAACUGUUGCUUAAGCAGAAGGAUUAUAGACUCGAAAAGGCAUGAGAGAGUUUCAUUUGUAGUAAGUUUGGUGGAAGAGCAAUUCAAUCUCUCCUCCUGCUUACAUACCAGAAUGUUUACACAUGUACAAUUGUUAUUUUCUACUGGGAAAAUGAAUGGAAUAAGAAAACAGAAUAACUCUGCAAAAUUGUAUCUGUGAUUUCUACUCUUUGUUCCUCAUCUUUCAGGAAGCUUGCAGCCGAGAAGUGAGAUCUAGGAAAGCUUCUUCUUUGCAGGGAAUUGUUAGGCCACCCAUGGGAUGAUUGAAGCCGAAUUCUUCCUCAGCUCAGUCGAGCAAGUCCAGAAAUGACGGAUGGUUCAGGUAUGAAAUAGGAACAACAAAUCUGGUCUUCUGGAAUUCCCCAACAUAAACUGCAAUAUGCCCUUUUGGCACAUCUGUCAAGUUUCUUGCAAAGCGAGACUGCAGCUUGACUGCUUGCUUGGCGUUAAGAAUCAUGGAUGGCAAACGGAUACCCAUAUCUUGACUCUGAAGUGAAACUGCAAAAAUGAAUCAAGUGGGUAUGCUGUCAAUGGAUAUGACAAUCUGGCCUUCUGAGGGGAUCCAUCUCCUCAGAGAUUUACAUGGCUUUGCCAACUAUUUCAACAACUCAUUUCUCUCUCUCAUCAACCAAUUCCCAUGCUCAUUGCGGUGCAGCUAGGGCCUUUUUACUUUCUUGAAGUCACUCUCAAAACAGAAACACUUGAUGGAUAUUAUUGGUGGUGUCUUAUCAGACGAAGCAACAUAUUCAUGUGGUUUGCUACUACCCACAUUCAGAUUAGGUACCCGUACCAUGAUUGCCGCAACUUUUCUUGAUUUCCUAUUUUCUAUGUAAUUGGUUAAGAUUUUAACGAUUCUAGGGUAGGAUGAUGGAUAUAAUAAACAGAAACUUCAGCC